GCCACCGCCUCCAUCUUGCGGGGGCCGCGGCCCGGAGCCCUCUGCGGGGCGGUGCGGGGCUCGGGGCGGGGCUCGGGGGCUCCCAUGAGGUGAUCGAGUCGGGGCUGGUGCAGGACUUCGAUGCCAGCCUGUCGGGCAUCGGGCAGGAGCUGGGAGCGGGAGCCUACAGCAUGAGCGACGUCUUGGCGCUGCCCAUCUUCAAGCAGGAGGAGUCCAGCCUGCCUCCAGAGAACGAGAACAAAAUUCUGCCCUUCCAGUACGUGCUGUGUGCAGCCACGUCGCCCGCCGUGAAGCUGCACGAUGAAACACUCACCUACCUCAACCAAGGGCAGUCCUAUGAGAUCCGCAUGCUGGACAACAGGAAGAUCGGAGAGCUGCCCGAGAUCAAUGGGAAGCUGGUGAAGAGCAUUUUCCGGGUGGUGUUCCAUGACCGACGGCUGCAGUACACGGAGCACCAGCAGCUGGAGGGCUGGCGCUGGAACCGGCCUGGGGACAGGAUCCUGGACAUAGAUAUCCCCAUGUCCGUGGGCAUCAUUGACCCCAGAGCCAAUCCCACUCAGCUCAACACCGUGGAGUUUCUGUGGGACCCUUCGAAGAGGACAUCUGUGUUCAUCCAGGUGCACUGCAUCAGCACCGAGUUCACCAUGCGGAAGCACGGGGGGGAGAAGGGAGUGCCAUUCCGGGUGCAGAUCGACACCUUCAAGGAGAACGAGAACGGGGAGUACACAGAGCACCUGCACUCAGCCAGCUGCCAGAUCAAGGUGUUCAAGCCCAAAGGAGCCGAUCGGAAGCAGAAGACGGACCGUGAGAAGAUGGAGAAGCGCACCCCACAUGAGAAGGAGAAGUACCAGCCCUCCUAUGAGACCACCAUCCUCACCGAGUGCUCUCCAUGGCCUGAGAUCACCUACGUCAACAACGCGCCGUCCCCCGGCUUCAACAGCUCCCACAGCAGCUUCUCCAUCGGGGAAGGGAAUGGGUCUCCAAACCACCAGCCUGAGCCCCCCCCUCCGAUCGCAGAUGUAAGUCACACUUCAGAGCUUAUGCUUGGGAACCUCCUGCCCACCAGCACACCCCAGGAAGCCCAGCAGUGGCUGCACCGGAACCGCUUCUCCACAUUCUCCCGUCUGUUCCGGAACUUCUCAGGUGCAGACUUGCUGAAGCUGACCAGGGAAGAUGUCAUCCAGAUCUGCGGCCCUGCAGAUGGCAUCAGGCUCUUCAACGCGCUGAAAGGACGGAUGGUGCGGCCCCGGCUGACCAUCUACGUGUGCCAGGAGUCCCAGCAGCUGCAGGAGCUGCAGCAGAAGCACGAGGACGGCGAUGCAGUCACCAGCACCUUCUUUGUGUACCACGCGAUCUAUCUGGAGGAGCUGACGGCGGUGGAGCUGACGGAGAAGCUGGCUCAGCUCUUCAGCAUCUCCUCACAGCAGAUCAGCCAGAUUUACAAGCAGGGUCCGACGGGGAUACAUGUGCUGAUCAGCGACGAGAUGAUUCAGAACUUCCAGGACGAAUCCUGCUUUGUUCUGGACACCAUGAAAGCCGAAACCAACGACAGCUACCACAUCAUCCUGAAGUAGGAGUGGACGGGAUGAGGAACAGCCACAGUCCUCUCAUCGCGUGCGAAUCCCCCUCACUUCCAGCACCGGGACAUGAGAGCAGAGAUCCAGAAGCUCCCAUUGACCUUCUCAGAGCCCCAGAGCUGUUGGUUCUCGGCCCUUUCCUCGCCCUUACAGCUGCAGACCGCCCGUGGGUGAUGUGCUGCUGGUGCCUCCAGGUCGUGCUCUCACGUAGCGGUGGGCAGAGUUCACCUUUGGGACCUCAGAGCUGCGUGAGGGUCUUUCGUGGCUCUGUUUUGCCAGGAGGCAGCAGCUCCUGUGACGUUUGGACUGGUGAGAGGAUGUGUAGGAAAACCAGCCCGGUGCUCCCGGCCCCGUGGAGCUGAGCGGGUCUCAAACGCAGACAUGGGGUGGUAGGAGAGGGCUGGGAGGGGUUUUCUCCAGGACUUUGGUGCACUGUGAUAUUUAAUGGAUGUAGAUCUAUUAGGCUUUUUCUCCUUUCCACCACCGUGGAAGCGCUGUUGCUGUGUGCAGGUGUGCUGCCAACCCUCAGAAUCACAGCAUCCUGAGCUGGAAGGGACCCACAAGGAUCACUGAGUCCAACUCCUGACUCCACGCAGGUCUUACCCAAAGGCAACCUCUGCUGCUCCUCACGCUUCUUCUCCCUCCCCCAUCAACAUUAUUGGCACAGGUGUGUAAAGCUGGAGCAGAACGUGGAGUGAAAUGGAGCUGGAGAGAGAAGCAGCUCACGUGGUUGGCCUGGGGGAUUCUUUUCUGCACAUUUUUGUGGUUUCACGUGAAAGGGAGAAAGAUUCAGAUGUCACGGUUGGAAAUCUGAAGCCGUAUCUACGUGCUGAGCUGUGUGCUGCCUCUGCAUCCUCCUGCCCCGGCUCUGCAGAUGGAGGUGGGGGAGGAGUGAGAUGAGUUUGAGGGAGACUCAGCUCAAUGCAAUGGGAAACUCAGCUCAACUCAAUGGAACGCUUAACAGGAGGCUCAGCUCAGCUCAACAGGAGACUCAGCUCUGCUCAGUGUGAAGCUCAGCUCACUACGAGACUCAACGGGAGACUCAGCUCAAUGUGAGACUCAGCUCAGCUCAAUGGGAGACUCAACAGGAGACUCAGCUCAACAGGAGACUCAGCUCAAUGGGAGACUCAACAGGAGACUCAGCUCAAUGUGAGGCUCAGUUCAGCUCAAUGUGAGGCUCAGUUCAGCUCAAUGUGAGGCUCAGCUCAGCUCAGUGUGAGACUCAACAGGAGACUCAGCUCAAGGGGAGACUCAGCUCAGCUCAGUGGGAGACUCAACAGGAGACAGCUCAAUGUGAGGCUCAGUUCAGCUCAAUGGGAGACUCAACAGGAGACUCAGCUCAAUGUGAGGCUCAGUUCAGCUCAAGGGGAGACUCAGCUCAGCUCAAUGUGAGACUCAACAGGAGACUCAGCUCAAUGUGAGGCUCAGUUCAGCUCAAUGGGAGACUCAACAGGAGACUCAGCUCAAUGAGAAACUCAGUUCAGCUCAGUGGGAGACUCAGCUCAGCUCAGUGGGAGACUCAACAGGAGACUCAGCUCAAUGGGACACUCAAAGGGGCGCUCAGCUCAAUGGGAUUCUCAGCUCAAUUCCAGGGGAGACUCAGCUCAGUGAAGGCUCAUCUCGACUCAGUGGGAGACUCGGCUCAACGGGACACUCAAAGGGACACUCAGCUCAGCUCAAUGGCAGCUCAGCUCAGCGGGGGACUCGGCUCACUUUAGUGGGGGGACUCGGUCAGUUCAGUGGGGCUCUCAGCUCGACUCAGCAGAAGGCUCAAUGGAGGCUCAGCUCAGUGGAGGCUCAGCUCAAUGGACACUCAGCUCAAUGGACACUCAGCUCAAUGGACACUCAGCUCAAUGGACACAGCUCAGUGGAGGCUCAGCUCAAUGGACACUCAGCUCAAUGGACACAGCUCAACGUGAGGCUCAGCUCAACGUGAGGCUCAGCUCAGUGGAGGCUCAGCUCAACGUGAGGCUCAGCUCAAUGGACACUCAGCUCAAUGGACACUCAGCUCAACGUGAGGCUCAGCUCAAUGGAGGCUCAGCUCAGUGGACACUCAGCUCAAUGUGAGGCUCAGCUCAGUGGACACUCAGCUCAGUGGACACUCAGCUCAACGUGAGGCUCAGCUCAGUGGAGGCUCAGCUCAACGUGAGGCUCAGCUCAAUGGAGGCUCAGCUCAAUGGACACUCAGCUCAACGUGAGGCUCAGCUCAAUGGAGGCUCAGCUCAGUGGACACUCAGCUCAAUGUGAGGCUCAGCUCAGUGGACACUCAGCUCAGUGGACACUCAGCUCAAUGGACACUCAGCUCCUUGGGAAGGAACCAGAGCUGCCUCCCUGCCCUGUGGAGCUCAGUGCUCCCUCGUAGGCGUGGUUUGGUGCUUUGAGGGGUGGAAGUGGGGGGGUGCGGGGGGGGGCUGCUGUGUGUUCUGUGGCCGUUCUGUAACGGAGCCGUGGGGCAGCGGUAAAGUUUUGUACGGACACUGCA